AUGUAUCAAUCAUACAAUUCAGCUGAUGCCCUUUUGCAGAAAGCAUCCCUACAGUUACAGGGACAAUGGUCAUCAGCAAAAAAAGAUGACCUACAGGAUUAUCUCAACACUUUGAACAGAAAGACAAGUAUAAACAGUGUCAAGUUCAAAGACAUGAGUGACAUCUCCAUGUCAAGUGAUGAUGUUGAAAUUGAAUUUGCAAACGAUGAAGAUUUGAGAGGUGGUCAAAUUGACAAAGAGAAUUCAAGUGAUACAGAUUCUGAGAAGAAUUUUCGGAAAAGUGGACGGCGUUUUCUAAAGAAGCCGCCACGUGAAGAAUCAGCAGAGAUAAAAGAAAGCGAUAAGGAUGCCUGUGAAAAGCCAAAGCCGGAAAAGAUACCAGAUUCAUUUCUUGGAAGAAAAAAUUCUCUCAUGCUUUCCACAAGCAUUGUAUUGUCAUCAGAUGACGAAAGUAUGGCUGAAUUUAUUGGCAAGUUAAGCCUGCCUGACAAUGUGCCUGUUCACAAGGAACAUGUCCCACAGCAAAAUGGGAGACUUUCAAGAAAUUCAAGUAUAGAACGAAAGCCUUCCAUUCUAAAACGGUCUCCAUCUCCAAGACAGAUCCAUAGUCCUUCCCCAUCUUUACGGAAUCAAAACUCUCGUUCACCAUCUCCAGCUUUUGCCGCUCGGACAGUGAAGCAUCUUCAUUCUGUCACAGAAGACUUGACACUUGCAGAAUCCCUACGAGCAGAAACAGUAGAAGAAGAACCACUGGAGGAAGAACACAAAGCUGAUCACACGAACUUGUUCAGUGUUGAUGAUUUCAGAUCAUCUUUGCAAGAUUCUGGAAAGAAAGACAAAAUGGAAAAGACAAAACAGGAGAAGGAAAUAUCCCCAAGGAAAAAAUCACACCAUUCUAAGCUGGCCCGGCAUUCCUCCAGGAAAUCAUCUCGGCAUUCCUCUAGACAUUCUUCCAGACACUCAUCUCGACACUCCUCAAAGCCUUCAAGUAAAAAUAGUUCUGACAAAUCUAUAACCGAGGAAGUUCACAGUAAAGAACAUAAGAUUUUCUCUUCCUUUGGACUUCAAACAAUUGAAGACCUUCUACCUCAAACUCAACUCUCAUCAGGCCAGCAUCGAUCAGUAAGUUUUGAUACUGGGUCACUUAAAGUGACCAGUUCACACCACGAGGAGUCUGUCACUGAAGUCGUGUCUGAGAUUUACACACAGAGAUCGGGAACGCCAUCAAGCAGAAAACAUUCUUCAUCAGUUGCAGAUGACUAUUCAGAAGACUUUGUAUCUGCAAAUAUUUCAGAAUCUGAUCAAAAUGUUUACACAGAAGAUUUUCAUACUGUCUCAGACAUGGGAACAGAAACUUUGUCUCAUGACGCUGUCCUAUCUGCUUCCAACACUGAAAUGAGCUCGUAUCAAAGUUCCAAGCAGAAGAUCAAGAGUAGAAGGUCAAGGAGAAAAACGAGUACACCAAAGAUAAUCCGAGUUUGCAAUGAAGGAACACAGACAAAUGAGUUGGAUUUCAUUCAGGCUAAACUUGAAGCUUCACCUUGGAAUUCUUUGUAUGCAAAUCAAGACUGGAAGGGUCGACCCUUAAUGACUGAAUCAAGAAAACCCGUCAUUUCUGCGACUCCACACAUGUGUGGCCAUCGCUGUCUCAAUGCCCAUCUUCCCUCACAGUCUAAUCUUGUUGCUGUGCAUGAAAUCAUGAAACAACAAUUAGAAUUCACACGUCAGUUCUGUGAAUCUCAGAAGUAUCUUUAUCAUUCACUUGUUGAGGCAUUAACACCUGAUUAUGUCUACACAACUUUAGAAGAAACAAAAAAGUACAUCAGAAAACACCGCAAGCCAAAAUUGACAAUGAAGAAAGCUUUAAAAAUGACACACACACUCUCUCUCUCUCUCUCUCUAUCUAUCUAUCUAUCUAUCUCUUUCUCUCUCUCUAUUUCUCUUAUAUAUGUUGAUGAUUAA